UAUGUUCUAGACCUUGUACGAGCUCAACUUAUCCCACUCUUAGCUUUUUUUUUUUCUUUUCUUCUCCAUAGAUCUUGUCUAGCUCGAAAAAAGCCUGUGAUGUUGUGAUUUAACUCGAUAAGGUUCCAUUGAGUUCUGUUAGCAGAACAUCCAGUAUCUAGCUACCUUAUUUUGUUAGAGUUAGCAUCUGUUAGGAAAAGGAGAGAGAAGAGUUAUGGAGGAAAGGAGUGCUGAUAUGGAGAAAGCAGAUGAAGUGAUGCUGCCAGGAUUCAGGUUUCACCCGACAGAUGAAGAGCUAGUAGGAUUUUACUUGAAGAGAAAGAUACUGAAGAAGCCUCUCUCUAUCGAGCUUAUCAGGCAACUCGAUAUCUACAAGUAUGACCCUUGGGAUCUUCCAAAGCUAGCGACAAGCGGGGAGAAGGAAUGGUACUUCUACUGCCCAAGGGACAGGAAAUAUAGGAACAGUGCAAGGCCAAACCGAGUUACUGGAGCCGGAUUCUGGAAAGCUACAGGAACUGAUAGACCCAUUUACUCAUCUGAGGGAACCAAGUGUAUUGGCCUUAAGAAAUCUCUAGUUUUCUACAAAGGACGAGCUGCCAAAGGCAUUAAGACCGACUGGAUGAUGCAUGAGUUCAGGCUACCUUCAAUCACCGACACAUCCCUGCCUAAGAGGCCUUUAGACAAGAACAUCCCUGCCAAUGAGUCCUGGGCAAUCUGUAGGAUUUUCAAGAAGACAAAUUCCACGGCACAUAGAGCACUCUCUCAAUCCUGGGUAUCACCGCUUCCCGAGACCAUAGAAUCAGACUUGUUCUCAGUUGCCCACACUUUGAAUGCCAAUCAAUUCGGAUCAGAUAACAACAUCCCAUGCACUAUGGAAGCUGGUUCAUCAAUACAAUUCAGCAGCAACAAUGGCUUCCAGCAGCAGACAAGUGGUAUAAAUUACCCUCCUUUGGGUAUUCCAACUUACAAUAAGCUCAAUAAUCCCAUGAACUUCAGAUCAUAUACAGUCCCUGCUUCAAAUUCUGAUAUAUCCACAAGCUUCAAGUUUUCUGCGAGUGACAUGCCAUUGUCAUCCAUGCUCAUAAACUUAUCCCCCUCGAUACUUGGUGAAUUCGGUAAAUGUUCUCCAAGCAUAGACUUUGGGCAGCCACAACACUGUAAUGGGUUCACAAAUGAUUUUCAUGCAGAGGUAAGAAGCCACUUGGGGAACGGAGAAGACGAGAAGAAGAGUUCUAACACAAUCAUUGUUAAUAAGAACCACUGGGGAGCUGCGCGGACAGUUAGUUUUCCCUUUAGCCUGCCACCAAAUAUUUCUGAUGAGUGGAAGCAGAAUUUGCCAUUGGACUCUCCUCCAUGCCCGAGCGAGAUGUCAACAAGCUUAUCUACCAAUAAAUGCUAUACUUGAUUUAGAUGUAAUGUCAUGUAGGUGUGAGGUGCCUUAUCUGUAAGCAUUUAUGUUAGCAUAAGAAUCGAACGA